GCGGCCGGGUCAUUUCCAUAAAAAAAUUCGAUUUUCAGAUUUUCACUUCGAAACUAUCACAUAAAGGCUCCACAUCACAGAAAUAUAUAAAAAUGUCGGAUAAAAAAUAUCCCGACAUGGAUACGAUUUGUCGCAUGUGCUUGAAAGAGGAUGGCGGUACAGUUAGUAUAUUUCCCAGUUCACAGGCUAAGGACGAAAAGCAUUCCCAUAUAUCUAUACCCAUGCGAAUUAUGUCCUGCGUUGCAUUGGAAGUUCAAGCUCACGAUGGCAUGCCACCUAAAAUUUGCUCUACUUGCCGAUAUCAAUUGGAAAAAUGUUAUCUAUUCCGGAAACAAAGUCAAGCGGCUGAUGCUAAGCUAAGGAAACAUAUACGUCUGCUGAGUGUGGGAAAGACUAGCAAAGUUUUCUUAAAAAACCCCCACGAUGACGAUGAUGACGACGAAGCAGAAUUUCAGGAUUCCCUUGAUUUCAUAAACGAAAUGGAGGAAAAAACAAAGGAGGAAGAAAAGCUCAGGUUUGAAGUAUACAAGGAAGAGAUGCAAGUUCAGAAAGAUGCUGAAAUAAGUGCACUGCGCCAGGCACUAAAAGACGAAUGCAAAGACGAAGUAAGACUAGAAAUUGAGGAACGCGUUAGAGCCGAAGUGAAGAAGGAAAUGCAAAAAGAAUUCGAUGAGAUAUUACUUCCCAAAAUUAAAGAAGACUGCUUGAAGGAAUGCAGAGAUUCUCUGCAAGAAGAGGUCCGGGAAGAGUGUCGACAAAUAGAAAUGACCGCUUUACUAAGUGAUUUGCAUGAUUUUUUGGAAGAGAAACAGACUUGGCGGCGGCAAGAAAAGAAACAAAAUAACACCCAAAUAAAUAAGAGCAAAUGUGCACCUUCAUCAAAACAGGAAUAUAACGAUGAAGGACCAUCGACCAAUGAAGUGCGUUACUCCCCAAUCCAUUUUAUAGAAAUUGAUAAAUCAAAAGUUUCCUCCAUACCAGUUCACAACCAAGCAAAACCUGUCCUAUCAACAAAAUCAGCUAUAAAAAAAGAACUAAUACUUGACGACAAUCCUCCGGAUACUACCACAACGAAUGUUAUAAAUGAUGAUGAGGAUGAUGGCGACAGUGACAAAUAUCUUAUAUAUGAUACGGACGAGGGAUUCGAAUUCCAAAAGCGAUCUGAACUAUCUAACGAUAAUACGGAGGAAGAGGAAGGUUAUAUGCCGGAAUCAUCGCAGCACUACGAUAGCGGCGAAGAAAAUACAAUGACAAAUGACAUUGCUCCAAAAGCUACAACAACUCUGGCGAGAACAACAUCCUACAGAAUUGAAGAUGCCGAAAAUGGUGACAUAACGUUCUUAAAAAAGUCUUCUGACUCUCAUUCGCCUUCACUGGUCAAUGCAGGCAAUAGUGUUGGUCAGCUGCAAAAUGACUCAAACAUUGUAAUACUCAAUUUUCCAAACGAUUUGGAGGGAGAUGAUGAUCAUUUGGAACUACUUGAAUACAAUGAGGACUUUGAAAAUAAAGUGAUUAAGCCUGUAGUUGAAUCGGGUCCGGCUCCCAAACGCUUUCGCUCGUCGGAACAAAAUGUAAGCUCCCCAAACUCCCAACAGUUUACGACUACUACAACAACUUCGUCUACGAUUGAGACUACCACGGUAUUGGCCAAGACCUUUGUUAACACCGUGCAACAACGAACCACUGAUACACCGAAAUUAUUCAAAUGUCACAGCUGUCCCAUGGUCUUCUCCACAAAUUCUUCGUUGGAGCGACAUUUACGCACUCAUCGCAAAGGUGAAGAGACUGGUGUUUCAUUUCAAUGCCCCGAAUGUCAGGUUGUGGUCUCAUGUGCCAGCGCCUUGAGACGCCACAUGUACAUACACUGUGCCGAGAAACCUUUCAUAUGUGAGGAAUGUGGCAAAUCCUUUGUACAAAGGGAAAUUCUCAAACGUCAUAUGCAAAUACACACCGGCAUUAAACCCUACAAAUGUGAACAUUGCGAUCGAGCUUUUGCCCAACGCAUUAAUCUAAAGCAGCAUAUAAAUCGCCAUCAUUCGGAGGAACCACACAUACAGCAGCAUUCCUGUCAUUUGUGUCCGAAACGUUUCAAUCAUGCCUCUGGUCUUAGUAGGCAUUUAGCUUCGCACAGUGGUGUUGCAUUCCAAUGCACCGAAUGUGACAGAACAUUUGGUGAUAGAUCAUCAAUAAAACGGCAUAUUGUCAAUAAGCAUGGCAAGGGAGCAAUUGCAAAGACCGAUAAUAGUUAAGCUAAGCAACAC